AUGCCAAACUACGAUGAAGAUGAAGAGGAUGAGUACUACGACAACGAAGAGGAAGAGGAUGAGGAUGGUAUAAAUGGUGUUAAUGGGGAUGAAGAUGAUAAUGACAACGAGGAGGGGAUGGCAGACGGCUCGGACGAAGACGGGUCCGAUGUGGACGAAGACGCAGAAGAGAACGACAACGACGAGGACGACGAGGACGAAGAAGAUGAUGGAGACAACGAGGACGACGAGGAAGCGGAAGGAGAGGAUAAUGAAGAUGAAGAGGAGGAUGAGGAUCAGAAUGAAGAGGCAAGUACGGAAGACGAAGCUGAGGGAGAAGGAGAAGCGGAAGGCGAAGAUGGUGACAUUGUGAUGGAUGGAGGGGAUGAAGAAACCCGCUCAGUCAAAAAAUCGCGAUCACCUUCGUUGAAACCAAUAUCAGAGCAGAAUCAACCUCAACCUCCUCAUUUGAUACGGCGUAGUUUAUUCAUCCCAUCUUUCAGCACACCACCUAAAUCGCUCUCGAUAGAAGCUAUAGCUGGUAUACCUUUACCAUCGCCUGUGCACUCACUCGCGUCGACCUCAUGUCUCUCAUAUCUGCUAGCGGGAAGUCAAGAUGGGUAUGUGCGAGCAUACGAUUUAUGGGGAAGUGUGAACGGUGGACAGAUGAUGACCGCCCAACAACGGAGUGUGGUCGGUCUCGGAGAAACCAUAAAUAAAGCUGGGGUGGGUAGGGGAUGGUGGGCGAACGAAGUGGAAGGUAUCAAUAAUGGAUCAGUAGGGAAAAGAGCAGAACCUGUGUAUAGUAUGGCUUGCGAGGGGGAUGGACUGUUCACUUUGACGGGGACUCAGUCUGGCCCAAUCAAUCUAUAUACCCUGCGGCAUGCUCCUGGUCAUCUCGUACAUUCUUUGAAAGGUCAUACGAAUGUGGUGUCAUGUCUAUCGCUUCUGCCUAACGAAAAAGGUCUAUUGAGUGGUUCGUGGGAUGGUACAGUAAGAGAAUGGGAUCUGAACGCAGGUCAAGUGGUCCGAUCGUACCCCACUCACGGUGCACAACUGUCAUCCCUAUCUCUCCGACCAUACACCGCUCCAGCGUCUCCCACGCCGUCUCCCCGCCGGCAGGCUGAUGAAGACGAGGUGGAUGGGGAUGAGGAUAUCACGACCAAGGAGAAUAUAUCUAUUUCCAUGGGACCUGAAUUCUUCGAUAAGAAAGAGAAAGAGGACGAGCAAGCUGCUGAAGAUGCCCUUCCUGUCGAUGGCGCAGACAAACCGGAAACUAACGGCGAUUCGACUAAAGAAGAGAAUGGAACUGCCAAUGGGGAUGUAGAGAUGUCAGAAGCGAAAUCGCCAUCUAUGGACUCUUUGUUUGGUGGAGAUGGAGAUGAUGAUCUAGAUGGCGAAGGAGAGACUGUCCCACCUUCCAUCGUCCCUUCAAAAGCUCCUACACCACUUCGAGAUGUUACUCCCACCCCGCCAGUGCUAAACAAGCCGAAGGGACCAGGAUUGGCUCUACCUGGUCAACCUAAGCUACCUCAACCAGUCGUAUCGGAACAACCUACACCUGCUACUUCAUCUACGGGUGCUGCACCUCUCUUUGUUCCCCAAUCGGCAGGAGCAGGACCUUCGAACGCCCGUCAAGCCGCUGCUCAUAUACCCCUGCUCAGUCAUACAUCUUACAAAGCCUUUUCAGAAGAUGUGUUGUUGACUAGCUCGAUGGAUGGUCAAGUGGUACUGAUAGAUAGGAGGGUACCUCCCAACGAGGGUACGGGAGUAGGGGUGGGAAGAUUGAUGCCUGGUGAAAGAGCUCCGCCGUGGUGUAUGUCUGCGUGUUGGUCAGCCAACGGUAAUCAGGUAUUAGCAGGUCGUAGGAACGGUACGAUCGAUUUAUGGGAUGUGCGACGUUCAUCCUCUGCAAAGUCGCCUAAUCUAUUGACGACAUUGAGGACACCGGCUGAAUCAGGCCCGAUAAGUUGUCUGGUAGCUUUCCCAGAUGGUAAUCAUAUAGCUACUGCAUCACAAGAUAAUAUUAGAUUAUGGAAUACAUCGGAAUACUUUGGUCAAGAAGAAUCGAUGAAUAUGAAGAAGAGAAGUUCCAAGCCGCCUUUCAAGAUCAUAGCGGGACAUCAUGGUGGAACAAUAUCUUCGAUGAUCGUCGAUCCAACGGGUAGAUUUCUGAUAACUGCCUCGGGAGAUAGGGGAUGGCAAGGUGAAUCAACUAAAGUGGUUUUAAUCCACGAAGUCAAGUGGUAA